GGUGCAUUGUGGGAGCCGCGGUUAUCCCAGCGUGUUGUUGUGUUAGCUGCUGCUGCUAAAAGCUGCUAGUAAAAGCUGCUAAAAGCGGCUGUUAAACCCGCUCAGGUCGAGGCUCCGCCGGGGCUCGAACCCCCGACACUCCGAGGUCAUGGCGUCCACCGCGGCAGGGAAGCAGCGGAUCCCGAAGGUGGCGAAGGUGAAGAACAAAGCCCCGGCCGAGGUGCAGAUCACGGCCGAGCAGCUGCUCAGAGAAGCCAAGGAAAGAGAGUUGGAACUUCUGCCGCCGCCGCCCAAACAGAAAAUCACCGACAAGGAGGAGCUGAACGACUACAAGCUCCGGAAGAGGAAGGCCUUUGAGGACAACAUCAGGAAGAAUCGAACCGUCAUCAGUAACUGGAUCAAAUACGCACAAUGGGAGGAAAGUCUGAAGGAAAUCCAGAGGGCCCGGUCCAUCUACGAGCGAGCGCUGGACGUGGACCACCGGAACAUCACGCUGUGGCUGAAAUACGCCGAGAUGGAGAUGAAGAGCCGGCAGGUGAACCACGCCCGGAACAUCUGGGACCGGGCCGUCACCAUCCUGCCCCGGGUCAACCAGUUCUGGUACAAGUACACGUACAUGGAGGAGAUGCUGGGCAACGUGGCCGGCUGCCGGCAGGUGUUUGAGCGCUGGAUGGAGUGGGAGCCGGAGGAGCAGGCCUGGCAUUCCUACAUCAACUUUGAGCUGCGCUACAAGGAGGUGGACAAGGCCCGGAGCAUCUACGAGCAAUUCGUCAUGGUCCACCCCGAGGUGAAGAACUGGAUCAAGUACGCCCGGUUCGAGGAGAAGCACGGCUACAUCGCCCACGGCAGGAAGGUGUACGAGCGCGCCGUGGAAUUCUUCGGGGAGGAGCACGUGGAGGAGAAUCUGUUCGUGGCCUUCGCUCGCUUCGAGGAGACGCAGAAGGAGUUUGAGCGGGUCCGGGUGAUCUACAAGUUCGCCCUGGACCGGAUCCCCAAACACCAGGCCCAGGAACUGUUCAAGAACUACACCAUGUUUGAGAAGAAGUUCGGGGACAGACGGGGCAUCGAGGACGUGAUCAUCAGCAAACGCCGCUUCCAGUACGAGGAGGAAGUGAAGGACCCUGAGAGGACGAGGCAGGUUUACCAGGCCUGUCUGGACCUCAUCCCGCACAAGAAGUUCACCUUCGCUAAGAUCUGGCUGCUCUUCGCUCAGUUUGAGAUCCGGCAGAAGAACCUGCAGGCGGCUCGGAAGAUCAUGGGCUGCUCCAUCGGCCGCUGCCCCAAGAACAAGCUCCUGAAGGGCUACAUCGAGCUGGAGCUGCAGCUGCGGGAGUUCGACCGCUGCAGGAAACUGUACGAGAAGUUCCUGGAGUUCAGCCCCGAGAACGUCACCACCUGGAUCAAGUUCUCCGAGCUGGAGACCAUCCUGGGGGACACGGAGCGGGCCCGGGCCGUGUUCGAGCUGGCCAUCGGUCAGCCCCGGCUGGACAUGCCUGAGGUUCUCUGGAAAUCCUACAUCGACUUUGAGAUCGAGCAGGAGGAGUUUGAGCACACGAGGCGUCUGUACGAGAGACUGCUGCAGAGAACCCAGCACGUCAAGGUCUGGAUCAGCUGUGCCCGGUUCGAGCUGUCCCUCCCCGGCGGUGCCGACGGUGCCGGCGGCGUUAGCCGGCUGCAGCGCUGCCGGCGGGUGUACGAGGACGCUAACCUGCGUCUGCGCGGCGCCCCGGAGAAGGAGGAGCGUCUGAUGCUGCUGGAGUCCUGGAGAGACUUCGAGAGAGACUUCGGGUCCGAGUCCGGCGUCCAGAGAGUCCAGCGGCUGCUGCCGGAGAAGGUGAAGAAGAGGAGGAAGCUGACGGCCGAGGACGGGUCUGACGGAGGAUGGGAGGAAUACUACGACUACAUCUUCCCCGAAGACGCCGCCAACCAGCCCAACCUGAAACUUCUGGCCAUCGCUAAGAUGUGGAAGAGGCAGCAGGCGGCCGACGACGACGGGGACGACGGGGACGACGGGGGGGACGAGGAACCAGAACCGGAGCCGGAACCAGAGGCAGGGCCGGCCCUGGGGGGGGACCAGGGGGCCGAGGAGGAGUCUGGGCCCCCGGAGGAGGAGAGGGAGGACGAGGAGAGCCGGGGAGACGGUCGCCAUGACGACCGCGACGACGACAGCAGCAGCAGCAGCAGCAGCGAGAGUGAGAGUGGAGACGAUAAAGACAAAGACAAAGAGAAGAAGCAGCAGAGCGGCGAGGAGAAGGACUAGGCCCCGCCCCCGGGAGUUUAGGCCCCGCCCCCGGGGGUUUAGGCCACGCCCCCAUGGCUGAAGCUCCGCCCCCAGGAGUUUUGUGUUUUCUAAGAACAUUACGUUAAGUUUCAUCAACUCUUGUGUUUGUCACAUGUUUAUUUCAGGAUUUUACAGAAAAUAAAGGAUUGAAAAGAA